ACAGAUUGUGUGUAUGUUCUCAUAACAAUGCUGAUCGUCUUAAUAUGGUGUUUCUUCAUAAAAUGGUCAAAACUCCAAGAAGCUGACAAACGAUCAUGUAAUGUAGAUGGUGACAGCUUGUAUGAAGUUAAUGGUUUUGUGACAAACUGUGAUAAUCCAGAUUCGGUUACAUUUAUCCUUCAAGAUCCUAAGGAAUUACUUGCCUAUCUAAAGACACUAAAGCCAGGAAAUAUGGCCUCACACAUGGACCCUACUCCAAAGCUGACUGAUGAGAUUAGAGAUAUAUUCACUGCACUGGGCAGCACCAUGGUCAAAUCCCUGAAGCCCAGAGAUAGCUGGGUAUUCGCCGGCAUCUAUGAAAUGAAGAAAGCUAGCCCUUUUGAAAAGGUUGGAACUUGAUUUCAAAAUGAUAUGAGGACAAACAUGUAUGGAGACUGGCCAGAGAUGGGGGAGGUCAUUGGCUGCUUUCCCAGAAGAAUUGAGACUGAAUGAGUCUGCCACAUUAGCCAACCUUAGAUCGCCACACGUUUGGGACAUUUGAAAAUGGGACAUUAACAACGGACUAGUCUUCCCUCCCUAAGUAAAUAAAACUGAAGGAAUAGUUUAUUCUCAUGUUUUUCCAAAUCCAUAUGACUUCCUUCCAUGGAACACAGAAGGAUAACUUUUGCAUAUGUUCACACUGCUCUUUUCCAAACAUUGAAAGAGCCAUUUUCUGUCAUGAUGAUCAUACUAUAAAGCAAAUAAAAAUGAAAGAUAAUAA